GAAAAUAUACCUAGAUGGCACGGGUAGUAACCUAAUCUAAUUUAAUUAUUUUCUUAAAGAUUACAUUUUCGCUUAAAAUAAAAAUAAAUAGCUGGUCAAUUAAUAACAUAAGAAUCUUAUUUUUGUUCUGAUUAUUUGUAUAUAAAUUUCCGAGAAUCUCAACAGCAAUUAAAAUUGCGUGUGUAGUGUUUACAGAGCACGUGUAGUUAACCUCAAAUUGUUUCGCGACAUGUUUUAAGAGUGCAGUAGGCAACAUCUUCGAGACAACAUUUCUAUAUUUGGCAAAAAUGCCUGCUCCAUGCGAGGACAUUAUCGAGGACAUCGAGGAUUUAAUCGCGUCGCAGGACAUAACGCCCAAGGAGAGGUAUAGUUCGCGGAAACAUAUCACGAUACGGCCGAAGCGAAGAAAACAGCUGGAGGAGGAGGUGUCGCAGCCGUCUAUCCUGUCGAGCAUAAUACCCGGCGCGCAAACGAUCUACGUGAAAACGUGGGGAUGCACGCACAACAGUUCGGACACCGAAUACAUGGCCGGUCAAUUGGCGACGUACGGCUACAAUUUGACUGAGGAUAAACUGAAAGCGGAUUUGUGGCUUCUGAACUCUUGCACCGUGAAGAGUCCCGCGGAAGAUCAGUUCAGGAAUGAGAUAGAGCAUGGGAAAAAGAUUGGCAAGCACGUUGUAGUCGCUGGAUGUGUACCACAAGGGGCUCCAAAAUCUUCCUUCCUUCAAGGGCUGAGUAUGAUCGGAGUGCAGCAAAUUGAUCGAGUGGUAGAGGUCGUAGAGGAAACGUUGAAAGGAAAUACAGUAAGAUUCUUACAGCAGAAAAAGGAUUCUGGGAAGAAAUCGGGCGGUGCUUCGCUGAAUCUUCCAAAGGUGCGCCGGAAUCCGCUCAUCGAGAUCAUAGCCAUUAACACGGGCUGCCUGAAUCAGUGCACCUAUUGCAAGACGAAGCAUGCGCGGGGUGAACUGGGUAGCUAUCCCCCGGAGCAGAUAGUCGAGCGGGCCAGGCAGGCCUUCGAGGAGGGUGUAUGCGAGUUGUGGCUCACGUCGGAAGACACAGGCGCUUACGGCAGAGACAUUGGCACCAGCCUGCCGGAACUGCUGCGGCAACUGGUGGACGUGAUCCCCGACGGUUGCAUGAUGCGCGUCGGCAUGACCAAUCCACCGUACAUCCUGGAGCAUUUGGACGAGAUGGCCAAGAUCCUGCGGCACCCCAGGGUCUACAGCUUCUUGCACAUCCCGGUGCAAUCCGGCAGUGAUCAGGUGCUGGCCGACAUGAAGCGGGAAUAUACGCGUGCCGAGUUCGAGCACGUAGUGAACUUUCUGGGCGAGCGGGUGCCCGGUCUAACUGUUGCCACGGAUAUUAUUUGCGGUUUCCCCACGGAAACGGAGAUGGAUUUCGAGGAGACGAUGACGCUCUGUCAGAAGUACAAGUUCCCAAGCCUCUUCAUCAAUCAGUUCUUCUCGCGACCCGGCACGCCCGCCGCGAGGAUGCCGAAAGUACCUACGCAGAAAGUGAAGACGAGGACCAAGAGACUGUCGGAAUUCUUCCAGUCGUACGAGCCAUACGGCCAUAAAGUGGGACUGCUGCAGAAGGUGCUAGUGACGGAGGUAUCGCAUGAUAAGCAGCAUUACGUGGGUCAUAACAAAUUCUACGAACAGGUGUUGAUUCCGAUGAAGGAGGAGUACAUGGGGAAAAUGGUCGACGUAAGGAUUACAGAAGCGACGAAGUUCUCUAUGAAGGGAGAACCGAUCGGUAAAGGUGUGUCCCCGGCACUGAAAUCUCCUUUGCCACAAGGAGUCGUUUCCACAGUAUCGUACGAAACGAAGCCGUCGAAAUACGGAAUAGUAACAAUCACAAUGAUCUUUUUAGCUGUGAUACUUAGAAUAUUAUGGAAAUUUCUGACUUAGAAACACAUAAUUUGUACAAGAAUCUGUAAAUCAAUUAUACAAACACACUGAAAAAGUAUGUUAUAAAUUGUAAUUUUAUAUCCGUAAUAGAAUAAAUACUUUUAAAUAUUUAUUUAAAGUUAAAAUAAGCCUUAUGAGUUUUGAGUAAAGAACACACAAGAUUACGCGAAAAAAUAUUUAUAUUUAACUAUAUUUAAUUGACAAUACAGGAACCUACCCUGAAAGGGCUUACAACAUUCAAUUAGCUUAAUGCACAUUUGCUAUAAUAAUUCGUUGACUUCUGAACGCAUUUUCUAAAAUCGUUUAUAACAUAUAAAUUCGAAAUUCUCCAGAUAUAAAAUAUAAUAAUAAUAUGCGGAAGUUAUUGAGCAUUCUCGCAUUUUGUUGAAGUAUAUGUCGAGCAAAUGUAUCAAACUUAUAUACUAAACAUGAAAAUAUGUUCGCUUUUAUAAAAAUAUCAUUAUUUUUCUUAUUGUA